AGUUAUUAGCAACGGUUCGACCUACUAUAUGGAUCACACACCUUCCGGCUUCCUCUCAAAGCGACUUUGCCCAAGACAGAAUCGACGUGCGUCGCGAACCAAACAUACAAGACCAGUAAAGACUGAGUUACCCACGACGACCACAACUACUACAACUACUACCACGCCCACACCGACACCUACACAGCAGAAAAAGUUGAGCCGAGCAGAGAGAAUGGACUUAUUGUGUCAGAUAUCGCUCCAUUUCAACGGCGCGGAGUUGUUAGCCAGGGAAGUUUUCCUACGGAGAAGGCAGAUAACAAGACUCGACCUCACCAGUUUGACCCGGACGGAACUGGCUCUUGACCAGCGCAAACUGGAUAUCCAUGAAUGUUGCAAGAUCGUGAGCACUACCAAGAAGACGCGGUGCUUUGACCACAUGCGACGUCGGCGUAUCGACCGUUUCUGCAGAAAUGGACAUCCGGACGUCCCCUUUACCGCCAGACGGGAUAUCUUCAUGAGGGAAAAAGAGGAAAGGUGUUGCUGGAGACUGGGGGAAUCUCGUUACCACUGCUUUGCGCACAACUCGAUUUUCAAGUCCGUCAGCGGACAGAACUUCGUGGACUACUCCCUGGACGAAAUGGAUCCUGUCAACGACAUCGGGGACUACCCUUCUGAAAUACAAGAAGUAGAAAUGCAACACAACACCGACUACUUUGUGGAUGAUGCAACGAAGGAAGUUGUCGUUAAGGGACGUGAAACUGUCUCCUACACCAUGUCAACCAGGCCGUCGUCGUCUACAACCACGGCUACAACAACAGCUAAGGCGCGUGCUGAAAGAACUAAAGAGCCCCAAGUCACCAGGAAGUCUAAUCCGGCGAAGUCAUCAACAUUCAGCAGCGUCUUGACGACGUUCCACGUAGGCACACAGUCGACGUUAAAUCCUCGGUUGCUGCGAUAUCUGCUGUGGACGCCGAGCUGCAUGCUUUAAGAAAAAGGAAGCAAAAACUGGACCUGAAACUUGCCUGUUGUAGUCAAGGAAAAGAUGCGGGUCAAGUUUUUGAAGUUUUGACAGGACUAUAUAACCACUGUCGCCAUCAAUGGAAGAAGUACCGGAAAAGCCUGAAGACAGGGAAAAACCUGUGCAUGAACAAAUUCAUGGAAUGCUGCGUUGACGAAGC